CGACCGCCAAUAAAAUUUAGAAGUACAAGAAGAAGUCUUCCGUUGGAUGUUUGUCCAAUAUGAACGUUUUGUCUGUUUUUGUAUGUGGUGUGUGUUUUGUUUUGUCUUUUUAUACGCUUUUGCUGAAUUCUGCCUCUAAAGAAUUGGAAUGAAGCGCCACCUGACAAGCUAAACUCGGAGAUUAAUAACCCAUCAAUUUCUAUGAAUAUGGCGGCAAAAGAAAACGUAAACAGUCGCCAAUUUGACACUGAAUCCGUCGUGAACCGCUGGGUAGUGGAUUAUUAUUUGUUUUUGGCGCUAGAGUUAUUUAAAAAGGAACAAUAUGAGGAUUUCUGUGCCAUUACAGAUGUACUCGACAGUGUCUUGGUUCAUCCUUAUGGGCCCAUUGAUUUCAUGCCACAAAAGAUUCAAGUGUGGCGGUUUCUCUGCCGGAUAAAUGAAGGUGACAAACUUGCUGCAGACACGUCUUCUCAGUCGGUAUGUCCUCUGGAAUCAGCCCUAAUGUUGCUGGAAAGUAUGAGCCAGGAGUUCAGUAUCCCACAACAGGAUUACAAGAACGUAUGCACUUCAAUUAAAGAAAUGAUUAUAAUGCUUUCUAUUAAGAAUGGAAAAUUUGAGAAAGCAGGAAAGGUACUGAACAAGCACUUUACCAAGAGGAUGGAUGGCAGGAGAAUGCUGUUCAUGGGUCUCAUCAGCAAGAAGAAUAAAAAGCAUGAAGUAAUUGAGCAAAUCAACUUUGCACAGUUCAAGAUGGAGAUGCUGGCUUUUUGUGAAAGGCUCUGCCCAUCAAGCGUUCCCUUUCUCCAAAAGGCUGCAAAACAGCUUAUUCAGGAAAAGAAUAAGGAACAAGACAGCAGUGCAGCUAGAGCUGAUGAGCAAGCCCAACCGGUCCCCUCUUCAAGUCCACAAGUAAACAUGGUCCAGUCUGUACCAUGCAAGCAUUUAACUAUCCAGAGGACCAGGCUACAAGCAGCCUACAAAGCCUUGGCUACAGGAUUAAAUGAGAGAACGUUUUCUCAGCUGGAGGAAGAAGUGGAGACAGAGGACCAGGAAAGCGACCAUAUGUGUCUGCAACUCUCACCUGAUCCUAAAACGGACACCGGUUUGGACUUGGAGCAGGAAGUGUUAUUUCAGAGAGACUCAGGCAGCCCCAUGGAAGCUUCACCGGCAGACCAACCACCACAAGCAGAUGCUGUUCCUCAAACUCAGGAAAGUUCGCUCUCAAAGACGUCGUCUGUGCCAUGGAACAGACAGCUUUACACUCUGUCACGGCUGGUGAUGGAACCAGAUAGUCAGGCAAGUUCACAGUGCUCAAAGGUUUCAGAGGAACUAGAGACUGAGGCCAGAUUAGAAGAGGCACCACAGACACUGGCUCUAUCAGAUAAAAGAGACUCACAGUGCCCAGUUACUGACCAAGAAGUGUCCAUACCAGCACCAAAACGCCACAGAAGGACCAACAGAAUUAACAGCAGAGUUUCAACUAGUUUUACUGAGUUGUCAGCAGAGAGUGAGGAGGACUCUCCUCAUUCUGUGGCCAGCACGGCAGUUAGUGUGAAACGUCAUAACCAGUCCAGUAGUUCACUGAGCAGAAACAUCAACAAGUCAAAACAGUCAUCAUCAGACAGUGAAGGAGAACCACAGAAGCUCUCAGAGCCUUCAGUGAAGGUCUCUCCCAGUCUGCUCCCUCUUCACCCUGUUCCUCAGACAAGCUCCACUCCUCACAAGGAUUCUGCUCAACUCAGCAACAACUCCUAUUCAAAGAAAAAGUCUAAAAAGUCAAUACGGUUAUCAUCAGACAGCGAGGAAGACCCGAAGGAGCCUGUGACCUGCAAGAAAACUCCAGUACAAAAGCCUCAUACCCAACUGUCCAGUGAUCCUGUGGACAAUCAAGUGAAUCGAGAUGAUACGGAUAACAUCCAUAUUACAGACUCUUCAAUGGAGAGCUCGCCAAGUCAGUCCCCUUCUCACCCCAUCCCACAAACGAGCUCUACUCCUCACAAGGACUCUGCUCAAAAGAACAUCCAUUCCCAUUUAGAAUGGAACCGACUGUACCAUAAUGCAAAGGAGACCAAGGAGGUAUGGAGUGACGAAGAAUCGUAUUUUACCUCCAAAAAGAGAAGCUCAGACAUGAGCACCAUUUCAAAUUCAGGCCAAAGGAAAAGAAAAUGGACAGAGAGUGAGACGCAGAAGUUAAAAGAUGGGGUCAAAAAAUUUGGAGAGGGCAACUGGAGUAAGAUAAAGGCAUAUUACAACUUCAAAGAUCGAACAAAUGUCAACCUGAAGGACAGGUGGAGAACAAUGAAAAAAUCAAAUAUCGUCUGACUCACCAAAGCCUAUGUCAUUUUAUCCCCAUCUCCAUUUAUUUGUUUUGGUUUCCUUAACAAGUUACUGGUCAUUUUAAAACCCACUUUACAAUUUAGUAAAUAUUAAAUGUUUGUGGUUCAAAGAUUGUUUCUUUUGUUGAUAACAGAAAUUGCAGUAAUAGUGACUAUUGUAGCAUCUCUGCAGCCCUAAAUAACAAACACACUCGUUGAAUUGAUACAGAGAUGGGAAUAGCUUUAAAAGUAUGUUCUCUCAGUCUUAUGAUCUCAGAAAAGCAGAACAGACCUUUAAUUAAAGAUAUGAAAGCUGCC